AUGUCUGAACCGGGUUCUGGUUGUGGUGUUCCGGCCCAGAGAAGCCCACAGCGGGCUCCAGAGAUGCUAUCAGUGAAGCUGGGGGACUGCAGUCAAACAGUGGAACUCAAUGUGAUUGUCAAAGAGGAGGGAGAGAGCGAGGACGGAAACAGUGACUCCGUUGACUCCGGAGAGAGCUCCAACCCAGGCUCAGACAGCAAGCCCAGUCCCACAGCAUCAGGAAACCGCAGACAGAAGCCCCGACCCUGCUGUAGCGACAGUUGUAUUUAUCCAACUUGCCACAAAUCACACCAACAAACUCCACAAAUAAAUAAGACUUACCUCUGCAGUCAAUGUGAGAAGAGUUUUCAGACACCAAGCAAGCUAAAGGCUCACCAGAGAAUGCAUAUUGGAGAUAAUCCUUACCCCUGCUCCCAGUGUGAGAAGAGCUUCAAUCAUUCAGGAAGACUUAAGGACCAUCAAAGAGUACAUACUGGGGAGAAGCCUUACCACUGCUCUCUUUGCGGGAAGAGUUUCAGUCAGUUAGGAAACCUGAAGACUCAUCAGAAAAAUCACAAGCCUUACCACUGCUCCCAAUGUGGGAAGAGUUUCAAUGAGAAAGUAAAACUUAUGGGACAUGAGAGAGUACAUAGUGGAGAGAAACCUUACCACUGUACCCAAUGCGGGAAAAGCUUCAAUUAUUAUUCAGUACUUAAGGAACAUCAAAGAGUACAUACAGGGGAGAAGCCUUACCACUGCACACUUUGUGGGAAGAGUUUCAGUUGGGCAACAAACAUAAGGAAUCAUCAGUUAAGACACAUUGGAGAGAAACCUACAUGUACUCUCAAUGUGAUUGUCAAAGAGGAGGAGGGCGAACAGAGACUCAUUAAGACAGAAGAGAGAGAAGUUAGGGUAGAGGAGAGAGAGGUGAAGGAAGAGGCUACAUAA